AUGUCCGGGUAUUACAACGGUAUGCCACCUUAUGGUGGUCAAGGCAUGCCAUAUGGAGGCUAUAUCAGCAAUGGAGGUUACACAGCUGGAGCGUACUACACCCCUGGGACGCAACUCCCUUAUUACGCCUACUACGGGCAGCCUGUACCGUCAUACGGCCAGAUCCAGCCCCCCAGCACUCGCCAGCAUCAACCUAGUCGCCGAGGCAACUACGGUGGGCAGCGCCGUCCGCAGUCGGCCGGAGAUGGGCGUCCCACCUCGACUCGUAAGCCGGCAGCUGUUGCAGCGACUAGCGUCAACGUUGCGUGUGAGAUAUGCAACCUCACGUUUAAUAACUCUGCCGAAUUGGCAGAUCAUGUGGAUGGGAUGCACGUGCAUUGCGAGGUGGAAGGCUGCGGAUAUUCGGCGCCCGUGGACCUGAUGUCGGUACACGCCUUGAAGCACGUCAAGAAUCAGCAAGGCGAAUACGUUCUCGAGUCUGUAGAUGAAACUCGCAAAUGGAUAAACAACCGGCGGAACCGUCACCCUUUGAAUCGUCACCGUGACUUGUCUGCGACGGAAGACUCAACGCUAGAGCGUUUGUUACGUGAUGCUUAUCGCAAGGUGCGAAGAGACGCACCUACCAAAAGCGUGCUAUAUCCAGUGAUUUCUAAGGUACGACCGCGUCCUAGUGCGUUGCUCUAUCUCAGCGAUCCCGUGAAGUACCAAAAUCUUCUGCGCCAGUCCACGGGAUUGUAUUCGUACAGGGCGUCGCUUUCUAUGGGCCGAGCGCAGUGCCAAAGCUUUAAGCGAACACGGACGUGCAAGUUCGGGGAUAAUUGUAAUUUCUCGCACAAUGUCCAGGGUGGGUUGUCCCGUGAUCUUUCGGUAACGAAGCGUCCUCCAACGUUGCUGCAUGUACUGAAAAAUGACAUAUUCAAGGCGGACCAGGUUCUGGUGAGCGCUAUAAAGACUCUCGUAUCGCUGGAUUUCUUCAAUAUUCCUGAAGAAGAGUUAUGCGCUGCCGAUUCGACGCAAGGGAAAAGGGACUGCCCACUUCCGCCGGAAGAACCUCCCGCAUGUCAAACAUGA